AUUGCGGGUUUGGGCAUCGCAGAUCUGACAGUGCGUGGACUGGCUCGGGACGUCUGUACAGCCAUCUAUACUAUACCACACUGCUGUUGUCGAUGUCAGUGACGCAGUUAUCGGACGGGGAUCCGGGACAAUCCCUCAGAUUAUCGCUUGACCCGCAGGAUUUGUUGAAGGGGCACCUGAUUCACCGGGAGCGAUACGUCGAGUGAGAGCACAAAGAAUGAUCUAGAUUUAUAUUUCUGUUCCACUGGAACAUUUUCCACUAGCUUCUCCAACUCUUAUGUAGAAAAGGAUCGGAUGCAUUUUACGCAUGCAUAACUCCUGGACGCGAUACUUUGGAGGAGCCUUCUCUAAGUGACCAAAGUGGAUCCAUGGCAGCUUUUACGCAUGAGCCGAUAUGAGCGUUUGAGAAACUUUUUGGGGGGAGUCUGCAUUUCUCAUUAGUCGUUUUAGAUCCGAUAAUGUGUGGUAUUCCCGUUGCCGGUGGAAUCGUAAUCCCUCCCUGAUUACCGCGCACAGAUGGAUUUCGUCGUGCCUGCCAGCCGGCUGACUCCAGGGCCUAGACUCAUUAUUUUAACCGCUAUCAUUGCGUCUUGAUUGCCGAAUUGAAGCCACAGGACAGUCAAGCAUCACUUUGGGCCCCCCAGCUUUGCCCACCGGUGCCAAAAUGAGGAGAUUUGUACUGAAAGAAGCCGCCAAACGAUUCCCCUGGCUGGCCAAUGUCACUUUGUACGGGUGCUUAUUCGCCGGCGGUGACAUGGUCCAUCAGCUCAUAGCUCAGGAGGAGCGCAUGGACUGGAAACACACUCGCGACGUGGCCAUUGUGGCAAUCAGUUUCCAUGGAAACUUCAAUUACUUCUGGCUGCGAGCCUUGGAGAGGCGUUUCCCUGGAAAGUCCGCCGGGAUGGUUUUCCGCAAACUCCUGCUGGACCAAAGCUUCGCGUCGCCUUUGGCCACCAGUGUCUUCUACACAGGAGUGAGCUUCUUGGAGGGUAAGGAGGACAUAUUGGAAGACUGGAGAGAGAAGUUCUUUAACACCUGGAAGACUGGACUCAUGUACUGGCCAUUCAUGCAGUUUCUGAACUUUAUCCUGAUGCCGCUGCACAUGCGGACGGCCUUCAUGGGCUGCUGCGCCUUCCUCUGGGCCUCCUUCCUGUGCUUCUCCCGGCAGAGCGGGGACGGCACUGCCGGUGUUGCUCUGGCCUUUGUCAUGGACCCCCGUAAGACCCUGGAGGAGAUACGCGAGGCCCGGCUGACCCGAAAAAAGGAAACAGAUCCCAGAGGGAAAACUAAAGGAGGGAGGAGGAGGGAGGAGUUUGACCUGUGA